AUGGUUUUAACUGAAGGUUAUUUAACAAGAUUAUAUAAAAGUCUCUAUAUUAAUGAAAAGGGAAUAAAUGUAAGGAAAGGUAGCAGAAGUAAAAAAUUAUCGUUAAAAAAUGAAACGUCAUCGGAAAGUAGUUACGAUUUAAAAAGUGAUUCAGUAGAUAAUAGUAUGAGUGAAUAUCAAUUUGAAGUUUUUACAUCAUUAAAUGAUAAAAUUAGAACUCCAAAAAAAAAAAAGAUAAAUAAAUGUGUAAAUACAUCUUCUCUAAAACAUGAACACAAUAAUUUUUAUGCAACAAUUACAAUAAAGUGCAAAGAAUGCGAUGAACAAUUUACUAGAGAUUUUGAAUUUUAA